AAGAGACUACAGGCCGACACUACAGGUUGCAGAGUAGGAGAUGGAGGUUGUGUCUACGGAACCCUUCAGCACCCGCUUGGACUAACCUGAGACAUCAGAGGUUUGAAACAGAGUCAGGAUCUGCACCGUCAGCUGGGGCUGGUCCUCCUGUACUGACCCUCUGGGAGGUGACUGGUUAUGCUGGUAAAAAGAUCAUGGAGCUGAAAUGGCUGCUGUAUGUGACCCUGUUAGCUCUUGGGACUCUUGCUGUCCAGGCACAUGAUACGGAUGAUGACAAUGAUGGUGAUGAUGUAGUUGAUAUUGAGGAUGACUUGGACGAUGGCAUUGAGGAGGCAGAAGAGUCAAAGCCUGAAAUGAGCACUCCUCCUCCAACUCCAAAGGUUACCUACAGGCCCCCAGUCCCAACUGGCGAGGUGUAUUUUGCAGAGUCCUUUGAUAAAGGAACUCUGGAUGGAUGGAUCCUUUCCAGAGCUAAAAAGGAUGAUACAGAUGAUGAGAUUGCCAAAUACGACGGUAAAUGGGAAGUCCAAGACAUGAAGGAUACUAAGCUUCCAGGAGACAAAGGGCUUGUGUUGGUAACCCGAGCCAAGCACCAUGCAAUUUCAUCCAAACUUGCAAAGCCUUUUGUAUUCGAUACCAAACCCCUUAUUAUACAGUAUGAAGUAAACUUCCAAAAUGGAAUAGAGUGUGGUGGGGCCUAUGUGAAAUUGCUUUCAAAAACUCCUGAAUUGAACCUGGACCAGUUCCAUGACAAAACUCCAUAUACAAUCAUGUUUGGCCCUGACAAAUGUGGAGAGGACUAUAAAUUGCACUUCAUCUUCCGGCACAAAAACCCAAAGACUGGCAGAUACGAGGAGAAGCAUGCAAAGCGUCCAGAUGCGGACCUGAAGACUUACUUUACUGAUAAGAAGACCCAUCUUUACACUCUAGUUUUGAACCCUGAUAACAGUUUUGAAAUCCUGGUUGAUCAAACGGUUGUUAACAGUGGGAAUUUGCUAAAUGAUAUGUCCCCUCCUGUGAAUCCACCCCGAGAGAUCGAGGACCCUAAUGACCAGAAGCCUGAGGACUGGGAUGAGAGACCAAAAAUCCCAGACCCAGAUGCUGUUAAACCAGAUGACUGGGAUGAGGAUGCUCCUGCAAAGAUAGCAGAUGAAAAUGCUGUGAAGCCAGAGGGCUGGCUGGAUGAUGAGCCAGAAUAUGUAGCGGACCCUGAUGCCGAGAAGCCUGAAGAUUGGGAUGAGGACAUGGAUGGUGAAUGGGAGGCACCUCAGAUUGCAAAUCCUAAAUGUGAGGCAGCACCUGGCUGUGGUACCUGGCAGCGACCAAUGAUUGACAAUCCAAACUACAAAGGCAAAUGGAAGCCUCCUAUGAUUGAUAAUGUGAACUAUCAGGGCAUUUGGAAACCUAGGAAGAUCCCAAACCCAGAUUUCUUUGAAGACUUGGAACCUUUCAAGAUGACUCCCUUCAGUGCUGUGGGACUUGAGUUGUGGUCAAUGACUUCUGACAUCUUUUUUGACAACUUUAUUAUCUGUACUGAAAGAGCUGUAGCUGAUGAUUGGGCCAGUGAUGGAUGGGGACUGAAAAAGGCAGCUGAUGGUGCUGCAGAGCCUGGUGUUGUGGGCCAGAUGAUGGCAGCCGCUGAAGAGCGUCCCUGGCUUUGGGUGGUCUACAUCCUCACUGUGGCUUUGCCAGUGUUCCUUGUUGUCCUUUUCUGCUGCUCUGGGAAGAAACAGCCAAGUGCUGCAGAAUACAAAAAGACUGAUGCUCCUCAGCCUGAUGUGAUGGAUGAGGAGAAAGAGGAAGAAAAAGACAAAGGGGACAAGGAAGAGGAGGAAGAAGAGGAAGCAAAUGAGGAGAAGCUAGGAGAGAAGCAGAAAAGUGAUGCUGAUAUAGGAAAUGCUAGUCAAGAGGAGGAGGAAGAAGAGGAGGAGGAAGAGGACAGGAAACCUGCAUCAGAGGAGGAAGAAACUGUGAAUAGAUCACCCAGAAACAGAAAGCCAAGAAAAGAUUGAAAAAAAGUCAUAAGAACUUGAUCUGUAAUUUUUCUUCAAUUUUUUUCUCCAAACAUGGUUCUGGGAGAGGACCUUGGACACCUUACAUUGAAACUUGGACAAACCUCAAGAUUUCACCAUCCACAGGUUCCAGUCACACUAUCCAAUGUAACAGAGUGUCUAGCAGUAAAACUUUUGCAAUCAUCUGUUUUAAAGAACAUCAUUCCUGUAGAAAAGAAUGCAUUUACUAGAAUGGGCUGUGGAUUUUGGAAUGUAACAUAACUAACCUUUUCAGUUUUGGUUUUAAAUAUUCUUUUCAGUUUUUAAGUAGAUUGGUAGAACUUUUCCGGUCACAAACUUUUGGCUUAAUUUAAUAUAUUAAUUAGUGAAGAAAUAACAAUGAAUCUUGAAAGUGCUAGGCGAUACAAAUGCAGUUUUGUAACUAGUUUUUUUUACCAGUCUGUAAAUUCCUAAAUGCACCAAUGUCUUUAUAUCCCUUAAAAUUUGAUAAUUGUUUCAAGAAAAGCUGUCAAUGUAUUUGACAAGUCCGCUGCCCUCAAAAGAAAACUGGGGUGUGGUGUAUAGGGAAACCAGUAGUGAAACUCUCUAAUCAAUCAACUACAUUCUUUUGGGGGCAGGGGAAAGAGGAAGGAGGGGUGGAAGGAGGGGUUAGUCUCUAGGAUAUGCAUACUGUGCAUGGCUAAAGCCCUGUUAAGUGUUAACAAAUUAUCUAGGAUUUGGAGUGGAUCAUCUUAAGGUUGGAUUUAAUUCUGCAGACCUUGCAGAUAAUGGCUUUUGUUAGUUCUUGAACUCUUUCUGUGUAAAGCUAAUGGAUUGUGGGGGGUGGGGUUAGAUUACUUCCCCCUUUCCUCUCUGUUCAGCCACUGAUGCUUUCCUUUUUCUGUGGCAAUACAGCUUUUUCUGAGUGCAACUUCGCCUCGGUUGCUGAAGUGCUUCAUGUUCAGCUCAUCAUCAAACUCUGUUUUUAUAGUUAGGUGUACUCCUUUCCAGGGUCCAAACACUGGAUAGGACAGUGUCCCAUAUCCUCUCACUGUUAUCACUGUAUGUCUACUCCUGUAGGAAUGGGGGAGGUAGUUGGGUAGACAAGUUGAACUGAGUAUUUGUUAAGGAAAAAACAAAAACCCAAGCAAACAAGAUGUCAGUAUUGUAGGUGGGGAAGGAGCAUGUGGGAUAUCUUAACUGGUAUGUGAAACUGUUUAAGUCUUUUUUUUUUUCCUGCUCUUCAUGUAACAAAUGCAUCCUAAAUUAUAUUGUGAAUGUUAGGGAGUUCCAAUUCCAGCUGAAUAAAUUUUUUUUUAAAGCGUUGAGUCUACCAUAUUAUACUGUUCCAAACACUUUUUCUUUUGUGGAAUGCAGGUGACCACAGGAGCAUACCUCUGAGAGUGAAAUCUAUGUAACUUCAUUACACUGUACCAAAUAUGUUGGCAUUUGGAUGUCUGUAUAGAUAAACUUUUGCCUUUCAUUUAGAGUGAAAUUAAAUGUCCUAAAACUA